CGGCGCGCCCCUCCUUGUCCACGCGCGCACACACACACACACAGACGCGCACACACCCUGGAGGAGCAAAAGUGUCAUCUUCAGCACCCGAGGAGAGGACAGCUCCUCCCCGUGAGCUCCUCCGGACCUCCUGUGCGUUAACAAAAAAAAGAGAAGAGAAAGAAGAAAAAGAAAUCCGCUACGAGCUUUUUCAUGUCAGUACUUUCUGGAAGAAGUCCAAAGAUCCGCUGACGGAGAGAUCCGCUGCUGACCGCGUGCUCAAUAUGUACCAGGGGCAUUUACAGGGGAAAGACUCUAGGGCUGCAGAUAGGACUGUUGCCAUGGUGCUGAAGGAGAUACCAAGUAAGGCGUCAUCAGAAGGGAAGCCCCUCCUCACAGUGACUACCAAGCUGGUCGGCGAGCAACAGGAGAGCCGCCCGCUGUUAAGUCCCUCCAUCGACGAUUUCCUCUGCGAGACCAAGUGCGAUGGGGUUUCCCGCCCAGUGACUUCAAACACAGCUGUUCUAUCUUCAACGCUGGACCUGCUGGAUCUCAGCGAACCCGGCGAAAGGAAGAGCAGCAAGGACAAGAGGAGCCCUCAGUCCUCCCGCGGCAACAGCCAGAAGAAAAACUCCCACAGGAAGAAGACGGAUGAGACGGAGCUGAUCCAGGUGGAGGUUGAGCAGGCGGGAAAAAGCACCAGGACUUCAGAGAGGGCAUCGAUAGACUCAGUUACCAUUGUGUCAACGUUGGAUAAAUGGGAAGAGCUGAACCCGAACCCCGAGAGUAUUGGCAACAGGAAAUGGAAGUUGGAGAGGCGGCGUUCUUCUAAGCAUUCCUCCAAUGAGUUCCUGUGGUCCAUAGACUGUAAAACCCAAAUAGAGCCAUUAAACAAGAAUGCCUUGGAAGUACAUGCCAAGGGGGAGCCAGAUUCUGCUUUAGCAUCUCAACUCAACAAGCAGUAUAUUAGUGGAAGACAUGCUCGCCUAGUCAAGGAGCAGCGGUUGGGCAGCGCCCUCCUUUCCAGACAUCAGUCCCUGGAGGAGGAGUUUGAGCGAGCGAAGGCCGCCGUUGAGUCAGAUACCGAAUUCUGGGACAAGAUGCAGGCCGAGUGGGAAGAGCUCGCUCGGCGGAACUGGCUGACUGAAAACGAGCAGGCGCAGAUUCCCUCGUCCGUCUCUCCCCAUGAGAAGGGCUACUACUUCCACACAGAUAAUCCUUAUAAAGACUUGCCUAACGCAUUCGAAGAGGGACAAAAGAAGUCACGAGAGGGAGACUUGCAGAACGCUGUGCUUUUGCUGGAAGGAGCCGUCUUGCAGGACCCUCAAGAUUCAGAGGCCUGGCAGGUGCUGGGGACAACGCAGGCGGAAAAUGAGAACGAGCAGGCGGCGAUCGUCUCCCUCCAGAGGUGUUUGGAGCUCCACCCAAGCAACCUCCCGGCCCUCAUGGCUCUGGCGGUGAGCCUGACCAACACCGGCAUGCGGAACGACGCCUGCGAGGCGCUGCUGCGCUGGCUGCGACACAAUCCAAAGUCCAAGCACCUGCUGAAGGGCAAGAGCCACCUGACGGCUUCCCCGAACUCCCAGCGCAAGAUGUCCACGGCGCCCAACGUGGGCCGAUACGAAAGCUCCCUGCUACCAGAGGUCAAGGAGCUCUUUCUGGAAGCAGUUCAGCAGAACUCUGACAGCAUCGACCCGGAUUUGCAGACAGGGCUCGGAGUGCUCUACAACCUCAGCGGGGAGUUUAACAAAGCCGUCGAGGCCUUCAAUACAGCCCUGUCAGUGAGGCCCGAGGACUACUUGUUGUGGAACCGCCUGGGGGCCACGCUGGCCAACGGGGACCGGAGUGAGGAAGCGGUGGAGGCUUACACGCGAGCCCUGGAGCUGCAACCGGGGUUCAUCAGGUCCCGCUACAACUUGGGCAUCAGCUGUAUUAACCUGGGGGCACACAGAGAGGCAGCCAGUAACUUCCUGACUGCCUUGAGCCUUCAGAGGAAGAGCCGGAGUCGCCAGCAGUCCCACCAGGUGAUGUCUGGAAACAUCUGGGCUGCGCUAAGGAUAGCUUUAUCCAUGAUGGACCAGCCCGAACUCUUCCAGGCUGCAAAUAUCGGUGACCUGGACCUCCUCAUGCGGGCCUUCAACCUAGACAUUUGAGGGAUGGGAGGUAGUGACGAUAGCAUUUCCUCCCUUUCCCUUAACCCUUCAAUUUCUACCCGACAGCCAAAAGCCCAAAGCGCACUCAUGGGAAUAGAUCCAAUCAGUGUGGCUGUUACCCACGUCAAAAUGAACCUAGUCGCCAACAGUUGUUUAAUUUUUACCGCCCGAGUACUUGGAGCACCUCUGAGUACAGGUUCUUCCAAGUGCUUGAAGUAACUGCUUUGUGAGGAAUUUGCACUGCAAUUUGUGAUUUCCCCGAAGAGCACGAGGACGGGGCAAAGAUUGCACUGGCAAUGCCUUAGAGAACACAUCAAUUAAAAACUGACUCAUCCAGUGGAACAGAGCCGAGCCAGAACAGACAGGCGGGCAGACAGUAGGGGAAUCUCACACAGGAGGCCUGCUGUUUGCAGAGGAGAGAUGAGGCUUUGAGAAAUAAAUGAAAAGGUUUGUUAUCCAAUUACUUUCAAAGACUCAAGACCGUAUACCACCCGAAAAGCCCUCCAAAAGGAUGGAUUUAGUAAGCAAAUGAUAAAGACUGCACCUUAUGACCUGGAGCUCCGAAUUCAGUCGCUGGCUUGUUUUGGCCACGUUGCGAUGGAGAAUAAUGACGCUGCAUGAAUAAGCAUUUUAAUACACGAGAUGGAUUCUUGUUUAAAAUGAGCAUUUACUUUUAGAAGCUUUCCCUUUGCACUUCAGACAAACUGAUCUUCCACAACCCAAACGGAAUGUGCAAGCCAGGUUUUAAAGCCUUACUCAAAAUGCAUGCCAACAACAAUAUUUCUAUUUAUACUCUUUUAACGGCAAAAUGAACACACUAAGCAUUUAAGGAUGGUUUGGAAUUCUUUAAAAAACUGCCAUGUUCUGAACUUAAAAGCGUUCUGAGCUGUUAUAUUCUGCUUUUUGUUAUUUUUGUUAUUUUUUUUGGGGGGGGGGGGGGGGGG